AUGUGCCAGCUGGAGGCAGCAUCAUGGGCCUCAAUGAACAAUGGAAUGGAGGAAGGCCUCGGCGACCCAUCAGAGGUUCCACCGAUUGAGUUUCCUCAAGAAUUACAGAUGGAAAUUCAUUGGCAGCCAGUCCAGGCGACGACCAAUGUCCCGGUAACUGCUAGGAGGCGCGAGGAUCAGAUGGUGCCUACCAUGACGGCUUCACUGAACAGAGCUGAAACAGAAGUUUCUGCUGAUCUGGGGAACGGUGAGGACAGCAGGGCAGAGGUUCCGUCCCAAGCACAUUUCGGUCCUCGAGCUGAGAGGGAAGAAAUGAUCCAAAACACUGAAGACAACGCUUUUGCAACCAACGGCGUUCACCAGCCAGCCCAACAUCUUUCAGCAGCCUCAGCACCGUAG